AUGGCGUUCCCCAUAGACUACAUCCACAAGCUACCACGCUACUAUUCCACCGCCUUGUCGAAAGAGGAUAGGCACGCCCUCAGUCACGGGGAGAAGAACCACAACCUCCAGCAAUGGACAGGCUGGGAUCUGGUGCGCUAUCACGAGUCUCGCAGGAGCCUCAUUCCCCAAGUAAUGCCCAAAGUCGAGAAGAUGAAAGCACUUGCAGAUAUAGACCAUGGCAAACAAUACAGCCAGCGCGCGAUGGCGAAGGCGAAAGCGAAAGCGAAAGUGAAAGACAGGGUGCUAGACAAGGUGCGUGGAAUGUUUCGCGUACCGCAUAUCAAGAUGACUACUACAACUGACACUGGCAAGGAAUACCAAGAGUCUACCUACACACAGUCGACUCACGGCCACCGUUCUACUAGCUCCUCACCAGCCGGUCUCCUAGCAUCGCCCUCAAGGAGUCCUUGUAGCACAUCCCUCGCACUAGAUAGUAGUAAUCCCCGCCCAAGCAGCAGCAGCAGCAGCAGCAACAGCGACUACUUCUCGCACCGCCCCACACAUGGAGCUUCAUCAAGCAGCUACCACUACCACCGUCGCAUAUGCCCCCUCGCGCUCUCCCCGGGUCCCCCCUCCGACUCGUCCUCCACCCGCGUGCGCAGCCCCCUAGCCCACCAAGUCUCCUUCCAGCCGAACCCAAACAUAACGUUUGAUACCUUCCUUGCGCCGCACAAGUCGGGCAAGGGCGAGGUGCUGCAUGAGGUGGCCGGUGCGAAGAAGGGUGGAGCAGCGUCAGCAGCAACAGCAAAGAGGCUGGGCAAAAUGCCGUCUAUGCCGCUGUUGAGGAAAGUGGAUGGAGAUUGA